AUGGGAGAUACCCAGUACGUGUGUCAGACACCCAGUACGUGUGUCAGACACCCAGUAGGUGUGUCAGACACCCAGUACGUGUGUCAGACACCCAGUAGGUGUGUCAGACACCCAGUACGUGUGUCAGAUACACAGUACGUGUGUCAGAUACCCAGUACGUGUGUCAGACACCCAGUACGUGUGUCAGACACCCAGUACGUGUGUCAGACACCCAGUACGUGUGUCAGAUACCCAGUACGUGUGUCAGACACCCAGUACGUGUGUCAGACACCCAGUACGUGUGUCAGACACCCAGUACGUGUGUCAGACACCCAGUACGUGUGUCAGACACCCAGUACGUGUGUCAGAUACCCAGUACGUGUGUCAGACACCCAGUACGUGUGUCAGAUACCCAGUACGUGUGUCAGAUACCCAGUACGUGUGUCAGACACCCAUUACGUGUGUCAGAUACCCAGUACGUGUGUCAGACACCCAGUACGUGUGUCAGACACCCAGUACGUGUGUCAGACACCCAGUACGUGUGUCAGACACCCAGUACGUGUGUCAGAUACCCAGUACGUGUGUCAGACACCCAGUACGUGUGUCAGAUACCCAGUACGUGUGUCAGACACCCAGUACGUGUGUCAGAUACCCAGUACGUGUGUCAGACACCCAGUACGUGUGUCAGACACCCAGUACGUGUGUCAAACACCCAGUACGUGUGUCAGAUACCCAGUACGUGUGUCAGACACCCAGUACGUGUGUCAGAUACCCA